AGAAAUAUCAAAAUACAUUGGUGUCGUCGUCGUCGUCUUCUGUUUUAUGACUUUUUGUUGGACACAGCAGCACUGAAGAGUAAAGGGUAGGGGUAAAGCCAUUGGAUGCUGUGAAAACUACAGAGGCACUUACUCACUGCAAAUAUUGUUAGUACCCAUCAAUUUUAUCUAAAUCCUCGAAGUUGCUGUAAUUCACUUUUCUCAUCAAUACUCCCUAAACCCUCAUUCCAUAAACGCAUCUCCUCUCUCUUUGUACUAUUUCAUUGCCUGCGGGCAGGUUUUCCUUGUACUGUCCAUGACGAAGGCCCGUUCACUUCAUUAACGACCUUCUUCUAUAUAGCGUUAAGGGAUUUGCAUGGUUUAAAGUCUUACACAUGGAGUUCUGGGGAUUUCAGUAGCUUCAAAAAUAUGCUUUCUCUAAGGGAUUUUUGGAGGAGACAUAGGAGAAAAAUUCUUAUUACGGCAGGUGUUUUUGGAAGUGGGUAUUACCUGUAUAAAUUAUAUAAUGCGCAAAAACGUAACCUUGCUGAUUUGGAGAGACAACUUGCAGAUGAACGGGAACAUGAUGAGCACAUUAAGGCUCAGAUGCAAGUGCACUUUGAGAACAUUCAAAGAAUAGCUGAUACAACAACAUUGCCUCAUGCAAUGCAGUAUUUAAGCAGCCGGAUAGCAGAGGAGUUGGACCUUUCACAACUUACAGAGAGGCUAAAGAAAGGGAAGGGUCAGCCCAACACUUUGACACACUCAGAGAAACUUGAGCUAUGGGACCGACUCAAAAUCUUAAGUUUUACAAGAACGGCGGUCUCUGUGUGGUCAAUGACAAUGCUUAGCUUGUAUAUCAGAACUCAGUUAAAUAUUCUGGGAAGACAUUUGUAUAUUGACACUGCACGUGGUCUUGAAAGCUCACAUUUACUUCAGGAGGAUGUUGAUCUCAUUGAAAGGGAUGACCAGAAAAAGUUUUUGGCAAGUUCUGAUUUUCUCGCAAAUCAUGGCAUAUUAGUUCUGAUUUCUGAUAUCCAAGCAGCAGCAACAGAGGUUCUCAAGGGAAAACAAUUGGGGGAUAUCUUCAACACCGUGACCCUUCAUGAAACCAUUAUGCAGAUACUUGACUUGUUCAUGAGCAGGGGAAGUCCACAUCACUGGACAGACUACCUGAUGCCUGAAGAUGCUAGGCUCUACAAACUAGCCACAGGUUCCAGCAGUGAUGACAGAAUAACUACUGAUACUACAAAAUUUGAACUGCUUAUGGAAGAGGCACGAGGAGUGCUAUCCAGUGCUGAAUUUGGUAGGGUUUUGGAAAUAUCAUUGAAGGUAAUAGUGGACACGUUGCUGGCGGAGUCCUCUGGAGACAGUAUAGUGUCAGAGAUGCCCCUGGCGCUUCUUUUGCCACGAGUUGCACGAAUGGGUCCAAUUCUGUUCGAUGAAUCAAGUCAAAAUCGGUUUAUCCAAAUCAUUGGGAGUUUAUCAGAAGUUGAAUUUUUCUUUACUCUCCUUUAUGCGAAUAUGCCAACUUCAUAGAUUAGUGAGCAUGGAUUUUAUCAUAGACAUUUUCAUUUUGAUGAUUCUCAUACAUGGUCACCAAUGUAAAGAAUGUGUAUGGUACUAGGUUUGGGUUCACAAAUUUCAACUAGAUAAAACUAGUAAAAAAAAGGUUUCAUUAAGUUGUAAUUCUUUACUAAAUAGUAGUGCUUGGUUGAUUUAUAGGCACUUGCAUCAUCGAAAAUAUUAACUUUUGAAUCAAUAACAGAAUAAAGAGUUAUCUUUGAGUGUUUUGUUUGCCA